AUGGCACUCUCAGAAGCGCCUGCUCUGCUGGAGACAGACGGUCCAGAGCGCGGCUCCUCUCAGUUUCUGGGCUCUGACUGCAACCUUCCUCGUCUGUGCGUCUUCAUCCCACCGUCUUCCGGAGACCCCAAAGCCCUCGAGCGAGCUCCGGCUUUCGACGCCUUUGCAGCGGCGUCUAGCUCCAGUUCUGGAUCGUCCGAAUCGGGACGACAAUCUACCGAUUUCUCUGCUCACGGAGAAGGCGUUCUAUGGGCCGGGGAUUCCUGUCCCACCCGACCGUCUGAGUGGAGCAAUGAAGAGUACGCCGCUGCUCUGGAGCGGCUGCGGCGUCUCCUUCUUGGCUCUUCCGGGUCCUCGACGUACCCUGGAGAGGGUGACGGGUCUAAAUAUUAUCUGAGCAAUGGCAGAGGACUCCAAGAUGACGCUUCUGGUUACAUAGGCACGCCACCGAGUAGGAAUUGGAGGAAUCGAGAGGACGGACGGAGACGCGAAACCCCGGGGGGAGUCCCUCCAGGACUCGAGCAGAGUCGCGGAGUCCUCACCAUUCUGACGCAAGAUGGCUUUCGCCUCCUCUACGCCCUAACAAAAUGUUUUGCUUGCCCGCCGGACAGCGGAGACAACGAGGCGGCUUCCGGGGACGGCGGGUUUCCAGCAGACGGCGAUGGCUCUUCCUUGCGUCGAGCCCCCGAUCUGCAAGCAGCUUUUCUUCAGCUGGUUUCGCAGAUUCUCUUGCAAAUCGCCGGCCUGGUGGAGGCGCUGCCUGGCCCAGCGCGGCCCGACGGUCACGGGCCGACCCUCCGCUUCCUCUGCGCGAGGCAACAGGGCGGGCUCUCUGCGGAGGAGCGGCGAAGAAGGGCCCUACGGCAAGGCGCAGACGGCGACGAGGACUUUCUAGGCGAGAUUUCGUAUUUCGGGGUAGGAGACGAAGACCGACAAGACAGAGGUUCCCAUGACGGAAUCGAGCGCGCCGUAGCCAAUGGCCAGAGCGAACUGGCGCCGGCUUUGGCGUCUCUGCUUGGGAGGGGCCUCGCCUCGGUGGACACUGUCUUGGAGGCAGCUCGCGUCCUACGUUCCCUGCUUCUCUGUGGAGCCUUUUUCGUCGACUGGCUCGUCGACGCGACUGUGAGAGACGUGGAAGAAGCCCGAGGCGGAGACGAGAGGGAGACCGACCACGCGGGCCGAGGCCGAGGCAGACGCUUCGCUGCCAGUGUUCGAUCCCGGCAGAAAGGCGACGGGCUGGGGAGCGUCCGCAGCACCCGAGGCAUCCCAGCGAACCGCGGCAAGCGCAGAAAAAACGAGCAGAUGGAAGUCGACUUCGAAGAGACUUCCCCGGGCGUUCCGACGGGCUUUGACGAAGACGAAGAGCUCGCGCAACCCACAGAAAAGAGGGACAAACGACCGGAAGGCGGGCGGGGGGCGGCGCACAACGUCAUUUCCCAGCUGACGGGCGUUCUCCGCGCGCUGAGUGGAGUCGCUCUGUCGUCAGCGGCUUGGCGCGCCUUUGAUUCGGACUUUGGCGGCGAGAAGAAGGAGGAAGAGCGGCAGCGGUUCUACCUGCUUCGGGCCCUGAUGCGGCCUCUUCAUGUGUUGUACGACGAGGAGAAGAUGAAGAGCCAGGCGAGUCUCCAGGCGCUCUUUCUGUCAGAGGACAACUUGGGAGAGAAGCUGAAGGCGGUAGUGAAGAAGGCGCUCGUGGCCCUACUCGAGACGAUCGAAACGAGACGCGAGAAACUGACUUCGGCGCGCCGAGAGAUGAAGCGGAAAAGGCGCGAGGAGGAGGACAGGAAGCGACAGGCGGAGAAGGAGCGAGAGCGAGAGGACAUCAUGCGAGACGCGAAACACGGCGUCGGCGGGACGGACGAAGAGGCCCAAGACGAGAAUGAGGAACGCGGCGCGUCCCCGCAGGGGAAGGAGGGAGGCGGCGAAGAGGAAGACGAAGGCGCGGGGACCAAAGACAAGCCCGAAGAGGGAGACAAGGAAGCGGACGAGGACGAUGACGAGGAAGAGGAGGGACAGCUGUCGUGGAGAACCCAGCUCCACAGCAUUCUCUUGCAACCCGAAUGCAAAGCGCUGGUCGAAGUCCUCACGAGUCCAAGUCUUCGCCGCCGCCGCCUCCCUGCGCUCGUGCUCCGUGAGCUGACCCAGCAGCUGAAGGAGCAGCUUCUGUUGUGCGGCGGCGGGGUGGACAAGGCGACGGCUGCGCAGAAGAAGAGCUUUGCGUGCGCGGCGACGAGUCUAGAGAGUUUUGCCUCGCUUCUGCCUCGUGUGUGGCUGAACGAAAAACUCACGCUGUUGCAGCUGUUCGCGGCAGACGCCUACCACAUUCGCAAGGCGCUCCUCGAGUGUCUGAAGGCGCUGCUGCUCAGGGCGCACCGCAUCGUCGACCUCGAGGAAGAUGAAGAGGACGACGCAGAAGGCGAAGGCGACGCGACGCGCGGAGACACGAAAACCCGCAGUCGAGCCGAGAGUGCGCGAGAUGGAAGGCAAACCACCGGAGACGACGACGCCCUAGGCGGCGCGACAGCGUGGGGAGAAGACAGCCCGUCAUCGCGGUCUUCUUCCCCGCCCCACAAAGACGCGCUGACGCCGGGCGCUGCGGUUCGCCAGCGCACGCGAGCCUUCUGGAGCAAACAACGCGCCUCUCUGAUUCACGAGUUGCUGCUGCGCCUGGAUGACCGGACGCCGCUCGCGCGAUCCUGGGCUCUCAAGGUCUUGGCGGACUUGAUCGGCGAGCAAGAGGCGCUCCCCACACUCUGCGUUGUCCGCAGCGUCCAGAAGGCCGUGGGCCGCCUCCUCGACAAGAGCACCCUCGUCCGGUCAGCCGCCGUCGGCGUCUUCUCUUCCCUCAUCCACUUGGCAGUCAAGCAGCAGCGCGCUGGAGGGAAAGACGCCCCGGACCAGCCGUUCCUCUGGCUGCUUGUCCACGGAGAAGACGAGUGGGCCCUCGCCAAGCGACGGGUUGAGGAGAGACAGGCCGAGCAGCUGCCUCCUGCUUCCAAUCUCCCCGUCCCCUCGCUGGCGGGCCAGGUAUACUUGCGUGUCAAGGGCGAGCAGGUCGUUGCUCGGGCCUCGAUCGUUUGUCGCGCUGCGACGCGACAGGCGCCGAAGCUUGAACUUGAUCUGGGCGUGACAGACUCAGAAGCAGGAAGGCGACGGCGGGAAGCGAAGAAGCCUGCGGACGAGAAAAACAAUCGUAGUGCGGAGGGAGAGCAGGAAGGUGACCAAACAGAGACGGGAGAAGGUGCGCGCUCUUCAGAGGACGACGCGGAGGCCGAGGGCGCCGCGGGGAACGCGAGCGAACACCCGCGGGAAGAAAAAAGCCAAGAGAUGGAAAUCGUCGAUUUCGAGGAGCUCGCAGUUCAAGCGGAAGAGGCGCUGAGCAAAGCGAUCGACAUUUGCCGGGAUCUCCUUUUUUCCCGAAGCGAGGGCGACCAGAAAGCGGCGCUGCGAUUUCUCGUCGACUGCUGUCUGCUGCUCCAACUGCGGCGGCGGCGUCUCCUUCCGGCCCUCCAGCAGGCCUUGCGUUUGGCCUUCUCGCGGAGUGCGGCGGUCGCCGAUCUUCUUCUGCUCGAGUUUUAUCGUCUCUUUCUGGAGCCGAAGGAGUUGGAGGAGCAGCAAGUGAUCUUGAGAGACCACUGGGCGCUGCGGUGCAAUCUGCAGCGACACGAGGCCCUCGCGCAGAGACGCGAGGAGGAAGAGCGCCCGGGGGAGACAGGCGGUGGACGUGUCGCAGGGAGAGAAGACAGAGACAAAAAAGAAAAAGGACAGAGAUGCUCAAGGGAUACCUCGACUGGGCUCGCGACCAAGAGGGCGGGCCUCUUGGCAGCGUCGACCGCGCCGCUUCGGCCGCUGGAAAAACUGCUACUGCACACAGAAAUCAGCCCGACAGUCAACGGCGCCUUUCGCUUCGGAGCCGGCAGACUGCUCGAGCUCAUCGAGGAGGGCGACAUGGCGUCACUUGCAUGCAUCGAGAAACUCUUCGUCCUCGCACUCUCGAAGGAAGGCGGAAACGAACAUCGCGCGGCCCUCAAAAAAGCCGCAGACGCCCUCUUUGCUCUCGCUAUGCAACCCAAUUUCCUUCUGGGUCGCGACGCCACUCCGCGGUGCGCGCUGGGGCUGCUGCGGCUGCUGUUUCAAGCGAGCAAACAGACGAAGCACUCGGGCCUCUCUUCGUCUUGUGAGUUGCCGUCGCUGAGUGCGCUCUCGGAGAUGUCGCACGCCUCUCUGCUUCGAAGAAACGACGAACGAAGCGGGGGUGGAGACUCCGCAGAGGCGGUCCUGCACAAGCUGUCCAACGGACAGCUCCUCGCGCUUCAGGGCGCGCUGGUGCAGCAGCUGAAGAAGAGUGUGGCCGCAGGACGAGAAACGCGGCUCCGCGCGAGCGGGGCGAAGGUCGAUCGACGAGACGAAGGCGUCCGGUUUCUCAUCGCCGCGGAGCUGUGCAGAAUUCUCGCCGCCUCGCUGCCCGACCGGAGAACCACCAAGGCUGCAGGCGUCGCGCUGGAGGCCAUCAUGGCGCACUACGGCACGACAGACCCGAACUGGUUCUCUGCGGCCCAGGCGGUGAUCGACGUGACCUUCGCGCACUGCGGGCGUCCCGAGCAUCUCUGGUCGCAGCUCCUGGCGCAUCUCUUGAGUCACCUGCUGCGGCAGCCGUCUGUCGAGCCUGCGCCUUCGCGGCCGGUCGGCUUCUCUCCCGCUGUCCCUUCGCCCGUUCCCGCUUCUCAGCGCAGCCUUGCGCCGCCGGCGGGCAGCGCCACGGCGGUACCCGUUCCACCGUCUCCUUGUCGCUUGCCGCCUGCGCUGUUUGCCGCGCCGCCUUCGCUGUACCACCUUGCGCACCUCGUGUUCCUCGCGGGCCACGUCGCUCUCCGCAUUUGCAUUCUGCUCGAGAAGCAGCAGUCGGACGUGAAACACGAGCGGUCCGAGAUGCAGCGGCGGGCAGUGAGCCGCAGCUCGGAGGACGCGCGCGGUGAGGACGAGGAGAGAGCGCGGAAGGCGAAAGGGGACAGGAGGCACGGAGACGAAGACGGGGCGUCGGAGGACGAGAGCGGGAAGGGUGGCGAGAGAGCCGGGGCCCGGGGGAAGGGGGCUGCGUCGGCUGGCGGGCGAGGCGGCAGAGCCCAGGAGGCGGACGAUUCCAGUGAGAUGCAGACCGUCGAAGGCAACAUGGGAAUGCAGACGCGCGAAGAAGAAGAAGCCGAACUUUUCACACACAUCGUCGAGAAUCAAAUUGUCGGUGCAGGCCUUCUCGGAAGGCCUCUGAAACGGCUGAUCCUCGUGGCCGCGCUCGAGCCGCAGCGCCUCGUUCGCCGGCCGUGUCCGUCGCGUGCCACGUUCCUGGAGGAUGAAAAGGCGCCGGGGCAGACGGCAGGGGGCGUGCGUCCCCGAGGCAGUGCCGAUGGCCAAGAAAAUCUCCAGAACCACGGCGCCUGGACGCCUCUUAAGCGCGACACGAGGCUUCAUGCGUCUCAGCCAUUUCCCAACACGCCGAGUUUCCUCUCGGGAACUUCCAGAGAGGACGAUGCGCGCGGCAACAGCCAGCGGGAUCUCGACGCCUUCUCGUCCUUCUCCGCCCUCCAGGACACCCCGGGGCUCGCCACUCUGCAUGCGGCCGCCGUGAUUGCUCUGUGCAAAUUCGCGACAAUCUCGCGAACCUUCUGCGAAUCGCGCAUCUGCAAAACCACCUCGGUGCUCCACGCGCUCAUCUCCCUCCUCUUCAGUCAACCCAGAAAGCCCCUCAAGGACGCGUCGUCUCUCUCGGAGGGUUCGGCGGGGUCAAAGAAGCCCCUGCCCGAGACGCCUCGUCUCGAGGACCGGGUCUUUGAAGAUACCUUUCAAACGCCUUUGCUCGAAAAAGGAAAUUCUUGCGGGGAAAGAAGGUCGCGUCUCGGCGCCGAGACAGAGAUGCCGGUGCCAUGUGGAGGCAAGCUCCUCACCGAGGGCCCCCCCGGACGGAGACAGACAGAAGGAAGAGACCGACCAAGCGAGAGCGGCAGGCUGCCUUCUGCUCUCCGUCAGACGCUUCUCGUCUGCUACGGCGAUCUGACCUGCCGGCACCCGAAUGUGCUGGAGCUGUACAACGACGUGGUGUUCAACAUUUUGCAGGAUGAGGACGUUCUGGUACGGCACGCAGGCGUGCAGGUUUUUACGCACUUGGUCAUGAAUGGGAUGGUGAAACCGAAAGGGCGGCUGUUGGUGCUGAUGCUCCAGUUGAUGAGAGACCCCGACGCUCGCAUCCGUGCUGCCGCCGAGAUCUUCUUUUGCGAGGUUGACCGAAAAGGCAGCCACGCAAUCGUCAACAGCCUGCCGGAACUGUUGGGCGCGAUCGCCGGCGGAGACAAAAGGGCCGUGGACACAGGCGAGCCGGAGGACGGCCGCGAUGACACACAGAAGUCCGCGCAAGGCUCCCAUGGUGAGGGAGGGGACGGGCGGAAAGGGACGAAGCGCGAGGAAGACCAAGCCGAUGGAGACGAAAGCGAGGACGAAGCGUUUGAAGAAGAAGGGAAGAGCACGAAGAACGGACCGUCCAAGGCACUUCCAGAACCGCGCGACGCAGCGGAGAAGAAGGAGAGAAAAGAACAACAGAGACUCGUAACAUUUCUCCUUCAAUUCGUCAAGCAGCACCGCCACAGCGAAGCGUUGAUUGAGAAGCUUUGCCAGCGCAUUGCGCUGCUUCCGAUCCCCAAGCACGUCAUCGACUCGGCCUCGCCUUCGCGCAGCCGCGCGCCUGUCUCGUCGGCACCCCUCUCGCCAUCGAGUGCCUCCAGCGAGGCCGGGGCGCGAGCGGGGGCGGCUCGCCGGGUGUACUUCCAGGCGAUCUCUGCUGUCUGCUUGUCUUCGCCGAACUUGGAGAAGGCCCUGAGGCGGCUUUCCUCGUCUUUCCCGCUGAUUCGCUUCGCAGUGGCGGCGCGCGAAGAAGGCGGCGGCGAGGAAAUCCUCCGAGAUCUCCUGCGCCGCGUCUCCAUCAAAAUUGCCGGGCGAUGGGGCGCCAACGCCGCACUCGGAGGCUCCGCCUCGCUUGCCAGAGAAGGCAAACUCGCCAGGAACGGAGAGAAAGAAACAGAGAGAAGCGGAACAGACAGAGUUGGUUCUCUGGGAGGCGCCGGUGGCGGAGCUCAGGACGUCGCGGUGAUUCGAGAAGUCGUGGAAGAGCUACAGAAGAAACUCCAGGCGGCAACCGACGAUGCAACAGAAAAGGGGCCGGAAGAAGGCGCGACCUUGGCGGAGCGGCUGGGCGAGAUUGGGGAGGGCGAGGAAGACGCCGAGAAGGAAGGACUAGGGGAAGGUGCGGCAGACGCAGAGAGAUCCGGAGAGGGAGACAGUUCGGCGGCGGGGCGAGAGGAAGAGACGGUGCAUCCGGGAGACGGAGGGGGAGAGGGCGAGGCGGGUGGCUCUGUCGAGGCUCUGCAUGCGCGGGAGAAGAAGCGGAAAGGCGAGGAAGUCCCCGCAAGAGAUGAAACAGGCCGAAGAGAGAAGAAGCGAAGAGAAGACGGGAACCAGUCGAAAACGGAAGAGGGUCCUUCGCCAGAUUCGAAGCGAGGCGCGCGGCGGCGAAGGCGAUGA